AUGCCUAGCAACACCAGCCACAUCCAGAAGCGUGCCCAGCUCCAACAGCACAACGACCUUGUCGUCAACCCUACCGAGCACACUGAAUGGCAAGAUGCCCAGAUGGAUCUUGGUCUGUCCUCGAACAUCCGCUCAAGAGCCCCACCAGUAAGAGAAUGCGCUGUCAGNUCAUCCCAAUGCCCAAUCUCGAGAUCUGACAGGCUAAACAAGGUCCAGACUCGUCANGUGCAGUUGUGGUCAUUAUGUAUGUACUUCUCAUCAGAAGCUCAAGGACUCUUACUGACAUUGACUGGCACAGAGCGUCGUCAAAGGUCCUCGGACUCAUUGGAGCAGCAGCAAAGGCAACCCAAGCAUCAAAAACUCGAAAUGCAGCAUAAAAUCGACAUUGAGCGUCUCCGGCAACGGCUCGUAAAGCUCAAGACCUCGACAACCACAAUCAAACCCAAAACCGAGACGACGCCUCGCGGUAUUGCAGUCGAGAACACGUUGCCACGGCUUCGCCCUGAGCGUGUCUACUAUUCUGGAUGCCGACCCUUUCUCGAAGGCUAG